UCCAUGUGGAUAGGUACUAGUGUCUCUGUCUUCAGGGCCCAAGCAUCAUGCAGCUCAAACCAAAUACGGAUAAAUCCACCCAAAUAGGACCUUGUUUCUUGUUCUUUUGUGCUGCAGGCAUCAAUCAAGGCAGCUGUUACAGGAUCAACCAUUUCCCGGAUGACAACGACUAUGACACAGACAGCUCUGAAUAUCUGCUACGAGUAGUUCGUGCCUCUAGCAUGUUCCCCAUCCUCAGCACCGUCCUAUUGAUGCUCGGUGGGUUGUGUGUUGGUGUGGGCCGCAUGUACAACAAGACAAACAAUGUCCUCCUCAGCGCGGGCAUCUUCUUUGUGGCUGCAGGUCUGAGCAACAUAAUUGGAAUAAUCGUUUAUAUAUCCAGCAAUGCAGGAGACCCAAAUGAUAAACGCGAUGAUGACAAGAAGUACACUUACUCCUAUGGCUGGUCCUUCUACUUUGGUGCCCUCUCCUUCAUUGUAGCUGAAACCGUUGCUGUCCUUGCCAUCAACAUCUACAUCGAGAAGAAUAAGGAGGUCCGCUGGAGGGCGCGGCGAGAGUUCAUCCGUUCGCUCUCCUCCUCUUCCCCGUAUUCAAGGAUACCGAGCUUCCGCUACCGUCGACGGACAUCGCGUGCCAGCUCUCACUCCACAGAGGCCUCCAGGGAGAACUCGCCCGUGGUUGGUCUAAAGAGAGCGCCAUCUUCCAGCGGGCCUCUGGACGAGCUGUCCAUGUACGCCCUGGCGAGGGACAGUGUGACAGACAACACCUACAGCCCUGAGCACGAGGCGGCCGGUGAGUUCCUGCAGGUCCAUAACUGUUUCCCAAACGAUUUAAAGGACGGGGUGAACCGCAGGACCACACCCGUGUGAGCAUCGCAGGGCUCACCUGAAGAAGGAAUAGCAAAACAAAUGUAAUAUCAGUGGCCUGACCUGCCGGGAGACCUGCCAUGUUAGAGUUUCCCCAUUUUGAAUGGACCAAAAUGAGAGAAGCCAGCUUCUGGACAGAAAUGAGCCAAUUAACAGAAACUAUGUAAAUUACCAUCUUGUGUUGGCCAUUAAAGUAGAACAAAUGUACCCGUUUUUAUAUUGAAUCUAAAAUGAGUGGUAGCGUUCAGCUCAGCAGAGAUGAGCAGUGUGUUGCUGACAGUUCUCACCUGAAUGAUGCUCUCUACACUGGUGGUUUACAUCAGAUGAAGACCGUGAGGUGAACCUAUCAGCGGUGUUCUACCUGUAAAUCAAAAAGGUGCUAAGUGAAAUAUACACUUUAACUUGAAAGUGUUCCAUUUGUGUGUACCGUUGAGGUCGGGAUAUUAACCCAAAGUGGAUAUUCUGUCCUCAAUUUAGGUUUCAUCUGAUAUUCUAAUUAUAGUUUCGUAAAAGUACAAUUAAGAGUCUGUGUAUGUACAAAACAAGUUGGCAAGCUGUAAUGUAUCCAAUGUUUAGUAUUUAAACACAUGUCAAUCAUGGGCUAGACCAAACAAUUUCAAGGGUUUUGUCUGUCUGUUUGUCCAUCUUGAUUUUUCUGACACUCAGAGAGGAACAAGAUGUCUGUCUCUGUCAGUGAAAAAUGUCUGUUCAGUGGUCUCAUUUUUUCACUUCUGUAACAGUCUACUAUCUCUCCAUCACACCCCCUGAUGGAUGUGUCACUGUGUACGUGCCUAUCAAAAAAGAAGAGCCGCCGAUGAGAAAGCAGGUGCCCUGACCAGUGGGGAUGACAUAGGUCAGGACUUCCUAUUGACCUGGACGGAGUCUCUGCGUCAAGUCGCUCAUAUGGAUAAAGAUCACAGCCAGGCAGGGAAUUCAUAUCUGUUUGUCACAGAGCCUGUGAGUCCAUCUGCCAGCCAGAAGCCCCCCCCCGCUUCAAAAAGAGGCCUCAGACAGACAGAAGCUGUGUUGAGCUGAAUCUCCAAAGGAUUUAUCCAUGAGCUGCUCAUUCUGUCUAUUCUCUCAGGAAAUGCAUAGUAGUGGUGGGUUGAACACUCUUUGAGUCCUUCUCCUUAUUUCGUGGCUGUGGCAGCCAGCAGACCAGAGACAAAGGUGAUUUUUAUUUUUUGCUUGAGAUUGCUCAACCAACCACCAGUUUUGGGUUUCUUUAGUGAUGGUCUCAGUCAUAGUGCGUGUGACGAUCCAAAGGAUAAAACUUCACAAGUUCACCUUAGCAAAUUUAAAAAAGAAAAGCCAUCAGUGUAGGUAUUUCAUUUUUAUAUUACAGUGUGUAAAAAUAAAAUAAAAAUCCGUGUAUGUGCAAGGUUGCAAAUACAAGUACAAUAAAACAACAACAAAAAAACAAGUUGUGAAAAGACUUGAGAGAAUCAAAAGCCUCCUUUAUGUAGGGUAAUGGUUGUGUGAUUCAAAUUACAUUUUAUACAUUCAGGCUAAACUGGUUUUGCUGUUGUUAGUAUGUGAAUCUAUUGAAUCUUCUGUUUUGUAAGGUGCAGUAUAUUAAAUAUGUUUAGGGAAAUAAGCUAUAUUUUCUAUUCCAUAUAUGAAUAUCUGCUGUAUAUUCCUGUAUGUGCUUAUAUUGAUUAAUGGCUCUCUGUAUAUAAAAACGUUUUUUUUGUUUUCUCUGAAAGAAACAAAAUAUUUAAUUGUGAGUGCUUGGAAGGAUGAAGAGUAAUUGGACAAGUAUGGAAAGGAGAAGAAACUGAUUUUCUUUUUAUGAAAUGGAAAAGUCCUUCACCAUGCUACAGUUUGUCUCAUCACUAUUGUAAAGGUAUUUUCAGUGCCUUUGCUCUUUUUAUGAUCUACUGUAUUUCUUGCUUUCUCUGUUCUGAUGUAAAAAUAAGAUUUCUAAUUUACAUACCCCAAAUGUGCUGUACAUAAAAAAUUAAACAAAAAUCAGGGUCAAGUUGUUUGCGCUUUGGUGAUGAUUUCUUAGCAUAGUUAAGAGUUAUGGAUUAAAGCCAAUCAAUGUUACCAUAAUUCAUACAUGAAGGGGACAUGCAUUUAUUCAGCAUUGUAAUGAAAACCAUCACAAAAGAUGUGAUUUAACCAAAACUGAAUCUGCAAUCAGGUGUGAGGGAAGGUCUUCCCAAUUGAUAUGGUCCCUGAAGUGCAACAAAACACAACAAUAUUAGAUAUAUAUGAAUCUAUAAAUCAAAUAAACCACAACAAAUAAAAAAUCAAAUGUUAUUUCACUGAAAAACUAAACAGACAUCAUAUUUUUUUUGUUGGUUUGUUGCGUC